AUGCCGUUCGUGUCCUUGAAACGGCCGAUCGCUAUGAAGAGGGAGAUAGAAGUGAUCGAGCGCAUUCAGUCAAGGAUAUCAGAGGAAGGUCGCUUUCACAAGGCUCUGCUGGAUUACAAGAAAUUGUACAAGGCAGGUCUAAUCAGCGAGCUUGAGUACCUCCGAAGGAAGGAGGAGGAAGAAGAAAAAGAGAGGCAAAGUAAGUGCCAAUUUCUUGAUAGGCUUUUUAGUACCUGCGCAAAUAGGGUUAAAACUCCUACAAAACUUGCAAGAAUGACAAGGUUAUUGUAG